GGAAGUAGACACGUGAUUAGGAGGAAGUGGCUGUUUAUCAGUUCAGUGAUUGAGGAGAGUGAUUGUGUUUCUGUGCUUCAGCUCGGAGCUCCUCUCCUCCACUAUUCCUGAGUUCUGUGGAGGUAUUUUGUGGAGGUGUGUGAGGGAGUUUGUGUGAUGGAGCGCUGGAAGGGCAGGGUAGCUCUGGUCUCUGGAGCCUCGGUGGGGAUCGGAGCUGCUGUAGUGAAGGAGCUCGUUCAGCACGGUAUGAAGGUGGUGGGCUGCGCCAGGAGCGUGGACAAGAUAGAGAAACUGGCAGCAGAAUGCGCUCGAUCCGGAUUCAGCGGAACUCUGAUUCCAUACAAGUGUGAUCUAACUGUGGAGGAGGAGAUUAUAAACAUGUUCUCUGCAAUCAAAUCCUCACACCAGGGCGUCGAUGUGUUAAUCAAUAAUGCUGGAUUAGCUCUACCAGAACCUUUACUGACUGGAAGAACCAGCAGCUGGAGAACCAUGAUUGAUGUGAAUGUAAUAGCUCUGUCAGUCUGCACUCGUGAAGCGUAUCAGUCCAUGAAAGAGAGAAAUGUGGAUGAUGGACACAUUAUUAACAUAAACAGCACGAGUGGACACCAGGUGGUGCACUUAGCCGACAUGCACUUCUACUGUUCCACCAAGUACGCUGUGACCGCUCUCACUGAGGGCCUCCGACAGGAACUGAGGGACGCCAAGAGCCACAUACGAGCUACAUGUAUUUCUCCUGGUCUAGUGGAAACAGAAUUUGUUAACCGGCUCUACAGUGAAAACCCAGAGAAAGCUGCAGCUACAUACAGAUAUAAAGAGUGUCUUCAGGCUGGUGAUGUUGCCAGUGCUGUGGUUUAUGCUCUGAGUUCUCCUCCACAUGUUCAGAUUGGAGAUAUACAGAUGAGGUCUGUGGAACAGUUGUUUUUUUAACAUACAGUAGAAUGUCUUUAUCAUGUUGGAUGUAUGAACUGCAGGAUGACGAGGACAAUAUAUCUGACCUUGACUCAUGAAUGCUAUUCCUGUGUAAUUUCAGUGCUUUAACAUAAUGGAUAGAUAUUAAUUAUUAAAGUUAUUAGGCAUUAAUUAUUAUAUUAGGGGUAAAAUGUGCCGACUGAUGCAAGGAGAAAGCUGUAUAUAAAGAAUGAAACUUGUUGAUUAUAUUAUACAUUUUUUUAUAUAUAAAUCAAUGUUAUUUUGCUCUCUUUCAUGUGCCACAUGGAUUCAUGAAUGCACCAUUACAUAAAGCAUCCAAAACACUUCUUAAUGUGUAAUUUAUAAUUUAUAAUAUGUCUACACUGUAUGUGUCUGUCAUUGUUAUGUUAAAUUGCAUUUUUAAUGUUUUUUAAAUGUAUGCACUGUAAUUUUAAAAUGUAUAUUUUGACAAUUAUUAUUUUUAAAAUUAUUAUUACUUCUACUACUGUUUCUUCUACCAACAUUAACAUUAAUAAUAAUGUUUUUAGGAGAUGCAACUAAGUCCAACAAUUGAAACAUUUUGCCUUGAUAUGCUCAUCCAUAUAUUUUUAUUAUAUUAAACUCUGGUUAAACUCUUGUUA